UUGGCCCAGUUUCGCUUGUUCCACUAGGAAGCAGGUUGCAGGGAGUUGCUGGGGGCUGGGAUAAUUCGUAGGUGGCUUGGAGCAGUUGUGUCCCCUGCACCGCACAGGCCGGGAAUUCAGGAGCCGCCGAUAUGAAUCUUGAGGGACUCGUGUGCUCCAAAUCGCAGUGCAGAUUCGCCUGGGUCUUUCUCAAGAAGCUGUGGAAAGUGCUGAUGCUUCUCCUGAGUGUGGUGCUCAGUGUGCGAGUUGUCCAGUACUGCGGGAGGAUGAUGCCUGAUGUUCCCUUUGAGAAGGACAUCAACAUUUGCAGGAAGCGCUUUGCAUGGAGAAAGCCCAUUCUUGGCAGGUUCGAGCCUGACUGGAAACCUUUCCUGACCAGCAAGGAGUUAUUCUGGCAGGAUGACACCCCUGCCAGGAGACAACUAAACGACCUUCUCCACUUCCACAGGCUUCCCUUCGGACUGAAUAGCUCGGUUCUCCAUGCGUUCCACACGUUACAGCUCCUCCCGCAGCAUGGGAUGCCAAAGUCCAUUGAGCGUCUUCGGUGCCGAAGGUGCGUCGUGGUCGGCAACAGUAACUCCAUUCGUGGCCGAGGCCUCGGGGCAGUGAUUGACUCGCACAACAUCGUCAUCAGGUUAAACAAUGCUCCCGUGAAAGAGCAUGAGGAAGAUGUGGGUGAGAAAACCAGCAUCCGGCUCUUCUUCCCCGAGUCUGCGCUGCCCAACCCUCUGGAUAACAACGACAGUGAAACGCUGAUGGUGCUCAUUGCGUUCAAGAGCCUGGAUUUUACCUGGGUGAAGGAGAUGCUGCUGCAGACAAGGAAUAAGACUGUAGAGGGGUUUUGGCGCAGGCCGCCCAGUGAAUGGAAGUGGAAUGCCUCUCACCUGCGGAUUCUGCACCCUUACGUCACCUACGAAGCAACAUACAAAUUGCUUCAGCUGAAGAAGAAGGGCGGGAAAUAUUCCACCACCGGAAUCAUCGCUUUGAACUUAGCUCUCCAUAUCUGCCACGAGGUUAACAUCAUAGGAUUUGGGUACCCUGACAAGGAUGACAAUACCACGCCAGUACACUACUAUGACACGGAGCAUCUGAGCCAGGGCCUGUUUAUGAUGCACAACAUCAGCGCGGAGCAGGCGUGGCUGCUGAAAAUGAUGGAGCGGGGGAUGAUUUCCAACUUGAUGCACCCUUCCUCCUGGUCCUGGGGCCCCUGAGUGGGGGCGACGCUGUGCGAUGUUCCAGGAGCUGUUGUUCCAUGCACCAGUGUUGGGCCACCGUUGGCCUUUAUUCUUUGUUGUUCUGAACUGUAUCGGACAGGGCAGGCGUUAUCCUGUUCUGUACCUGGUGGGCAAUAAGCCAUGGUCCUUCGGUGUUGGACUGCAGGGCCUUUGCCCUGAUGGCCUGCGACGUUCACCUCUAAUCACUGAUCCAUGGUUUCCUUGGUGGAGGAGGAAGAAUGUCAUAUGGUGCUUCCCGCACCUUUUGGAAACAGCUCUCCCUGCUUUGCCUGCUAGUCACUUGUUUUAACCCUUGAGUUGAGAGGUUAAGGCCCCCCAAUGGGGCACUGAGGGGUGAUCUUAAGCCAGGUCCCUUACAGUUCUCAGCCCCUUUCUCCGGAGCCUCAAGUGAGAAGGAGCUGGUCCCGCUGGCUUGGAGAAGGACUCUGCUGACCCCCCAGAGGAUCUGGCAUCUCAGGUGAUCUUUGAAACGUUGGGGAAAGUUAUUGGCAGCGGGACUAUGCUGAUGAGUUUUUCUGUUUGGAAAUAAAGACAGA